UGGAAACUCAAGACAGCCAUGAUUAUGUUCUUUACAAGUGUAUGUAAACCUUUGACAACGACUGGCAACACUAAAUUGGCUCCAGUGUGUGAAUAUGAGUGUGAAUGUUGUCUAUCUGUGAUGGCCCUGUGAUGAGGUGACGACUUGUCCAGGGUCUACCCCGCCUUCCGCCCACAUGCAGCUGAGAUAGGCUCCAGCCCCCCCCGCGACCCCAAAAUAUUAUAUUUUGACAUUGAAUAGUUGAAUAAUUUUGAAACAUAAACAACAUGACGACAAUAUAUUUGGUAUUUCAUGCUAUAAAUCACAAAUGUCUAUGCAGAUAAAGGAAGUUAGCUAAUAGAAUAAACAUUGUUUGUACGCAUUAUGAUUUUUGCAUAUGGCGUAGUUAGAAGUGAAGAGGGAGUCGAAGAGACAGAAAUUGGCUAUAAAAUCCAAGGCAAAAUCCUCUAAAGUGGAAACCGAAAGGAAAAUGCCAGCUGCUUGGAAAUUUGUCCUCACUAAUGACCUUACAUCAUUAUGACGCCCAGCCUGGAUCUGCUUGCUCAGCAGAAAACUGACUUUAAGCACAAGCCAGAGACUCUGACUCAGAGUCAGUCACGUCAGUGCUGUCAAGUUAUUUCCAGUGAGGCUUCAGCAACGCCACAGCAGAUUCAAAUUGUAACUGACCAUCAAACAGGUCAAAAGAUUCAGGUUGUGACAGCCAUGAACCCUUCUAGUGCUGCCAACCAGCGGUUCAUUUUUACCACAGCUGAUACCUCCGGAGCAGGCAAGGUUAUUCUGACCUCUCCGGAUAACCACAACACCAAGCAGCUCAUCUUUACGUCUGCAGACAGCUUGAUGUCAGGAAGAAUACAGAUUGUCACAGAUCCAUUGUCAAUGGAGCACUUACUUGGGCAGUCUGGCGAUUUGGGUCGGCCACAGACAGCGGAAUACUGUGUGGUGUGUGGAGACAAGGCUUCAGGCCGUCACUAUGGAGCGAUGAGUUGUGAGGGGUGUAAAGGUUUCUUCAAGCGGAGUGUGAGGAAAAACCUUACGUACAGUUGCCGCAGUAAGCAGGACUGCGUCAUCAACAAGCACCAUCGCAACCGCUGCCAGUUCUGCCGGUUAAAGAAAUGCCUGGACAUGGGGAUGAAGACUGAGUCUGUUCAAAGUGAAAGAAAACCAGUUGACGUGCCAAGAGAGAAACAUGUCAACUGUGCUGCCUCCACACAGAAGAUCUACAUCCGUAAGGAUAUCAACAGUCCGCUCAUUGCCACACCAACAUUUAUCUCGGAAACAGUGUCAAAUGGCUCCAGCUCAAGCCCGCUGGACCACGGGAUGCUGGUUAAUAUCCAACAGCCUGUCAUAGACACUGAUGGAACGCUGUUGUUGGCGACUGACUCAAAGAUGGAGUCCAGCCAUGGUGAUUUGGGGACGCUAGCAAAUGUGGUGACAUCACUGGCCAACCUGAGUGACUCAUUGAAGCAGAAUUUGAAAAAUGGAGAUUCAUCAGACUGCCAAUAUGUAGAGAAUAGCACUACAGAAAUAACACGUGCCUUUGACACCCUGGCCAAAGUGCUCAAUCCACCUGAUGUUGGAGUCAUGGCUGACAAGUGUCUUAGCGGGACAGCCUUUCAACUCAUCGGCCGAGACCAGGAGACCACAAUCAUUGAGAUUGAAGGGCCGCUGCUUACAGAUGGCCAUGUCGGCUUCAAGGUGCUUACCAUGCCUAGCCCCAUGCCUGAAUACCUGAAUGUACACUAUAUCUGUGAAUCUGCCUCCAGGCUUCUCUUCCUCUCCAUGCACUGGGCGCGCUCCAUCCCAGCCUUCACAGCUCUUGGCCAGGAAGCAAACACCAGUUUGGUGCGAGCCUGCUGGAAUGAGCUCUUCACUCUGGGUCUCGCUCAGUGUGCUCAUGUGAUGAGCCUAUCCACCAUCCUGGCUGCCAUUGUCAACCACCUGCAUUGCAGCCUCCAGGAUGACAAGAUGUCAGGGGACAGAGUAAAGCAGGUGAUGGAGCACAUCUGGAAGUUCCAGGAGUUCUGCAACAGCAUGACAAGAUUGGAGACAGACAGCUAUGAGUAUGCUUACUUGAAGGCCAUUGUGUUGUUCAGUCCAGAUCAUCCAGGUAUGGACUGCGGCGGGCAGGUGGAAAAGUUUCAAGAGAAAGCCAUGAUGGAGCUGCAGGACUAUGUGCUGAAGACAUAUCCAGAGGACACCUACAGGUUGACUCGUGUUCUGACCCGUCUGCCAGCGCUGCGCCUCAUGAACUCAAACAUCACAGAGGAGCUUUUCUUCACUGGGUUGAUCGGUAAUGUUUCCAUUGACAGCAUCAUUCCCUACAUCCUCAAGAUGGAAAUAGCUGAAUACAACAGCCAGGAUGCUGACCCCACAGCGUGACUGACGUCUCUUUCUUGGGAAAAACUAAACCAGAAAUGUCCUCUUCAGGUACUCUUUGUCCUUUUAGGGUUUGUUUUUGUCAAAGCCCUUAUGAGCAUCCUGCAUUGACCUCUUGUUUUCUGUGCUCAUUACUCACAAAUCCCUCUGUAUUUGUAGACAUACAAGCUAAUUCCAUGUUAAACCCCAACCUUUCAAAUUGCUCUUGUUGUAUUAUGCAUUCAGGAUGAUAAUAUACAUGGCUCAUUCAAAAUGAGCUUUAUGAAAUAUAUUUAAAUGUCCCCUGUCCCUGCAUUUUAAAUGUACUUUAUCAUUGGUGCGGCACAAACUGGUAUGCAAUACCUGGUCCUGUGCUUUUUUCUGUAAUGUAAGGUAAUAAUGAAUAGAUAUAUGCAUUGCAAUGCCUUUACUAAUGGGUUUUCUUAUUUUGGAAUACAUGGAACUAACAACUGGAAAGAGAUCAUCCAUCAGGUACUCAAAAUCUACUCAAUGUAACAGCAGCAGACCUCAGUCUUUUAAUGUGAAAAGUGAUUUAGUGAUAGCUCAUUUACACUAUUAGUUCAUGUAUUUAUUCAGUAUUUAAGUUCUAGCUUUCUUACACACAACCAAAUGAGCAGAUUAGAUUGUCUAUUUGUAUUUUUUAUUGCUAAGUACUAGUGUUUUUUUUAAAAUGUUUUUAUGUUUUUUUAUGUUCAUGUAAACUUUUUAUUGGUGGCCUACCUUGAAUAUGGAUAAUAUAUCCUGUGCAAUCACCUCAUCACUUUUCCCUUUAUGACAAUCAUUUGUUUAUUUCUUAGCCCAUCAGUGUCUCUCUUGAGUGUCUCAACUUUGUAUAUUUAUUUAUCAAAAGCAUUUAUAGUUUUCAUUUACCAAGUAUUACAUACAUAUAUUUGUUUGAAAACAUGUUAUUUAUGUAUAGCUAUGGUACUGUGUUUGUGCUUGAAUUUGAACUAAUGUGCACAUCAGUCAACUUCAGUGGCGUUUGAACAUCAAUCUUUAUUAAACUGAACUUUGUGUUUUUUUAUGUUUUCUAAAAGCUAUACUAUGUUCUGAACAAUGUUGCUUGUUGCAUACAAAGUGUACUUAAAACAGAAUUGGGCAGGUUUCCCGGAUUUCGAAAGGAAAGUAAAAAGAGGAAAGUAUCUGGAGGACUUUAUGCAGCAGUUUUCCUGCUUGGAUAAUGAUUUAGAAAAUGUAUCCAUGAAUGACACGUUAAAACGUUUCUAAAUGCAGAACAUGUUCAUUUUAAUUUGGGUUUAAAACCCAUUAAGACUUUGUAAAGUCCUAGGUUGAAACUUACUUUUGUACAUGUAAUGUCAUUAAUAUGAGUGCAUGUUGUUUUUAAGCUGUUUUAUAAUGUUGUUGUGGUCUGCCCUACUAAUCAACAAUUUUAUAGUGCAUUGCCAUGCAUGAAGAAGUGGCUUAUUGCAUUUUAUUAAAUGCUGUUUGGAAAAAUUGA